AUGCCCUUAGUUGAAUUCAAUUUAGACAUCUUACUCAAGUACGGAUAAGCUUUAUACUUAGCCAAUUCUCAAUCCAACUGGGUUGUUGAUAGAAUGUGUCGUAUGACUUGUAUUUAGGAUUCUAAGUGGUAAAUAUCAUGUGAUGUAUUUCAAACCCCUUUUGAAUACAAAUAUGCUAUCGGAGACUAUUUUCUCUAGGGUUAAAGCUCCAUUUAAUGGGAGAAAGGUCCAAAUAGGAUUUUAAAUUGGAACAAGGAUCUAGCCAUGACCAUUAAAAAUAUAUGGGAGAAAAGGAAAAUUUCAUUUCUCCUGCAAACCGAUUCCAUGACUUCCAUCGUAAUCCUCAUGAGCAAUCAUGAUUCCAUACAAAAAAGAUUGAGAAACAAAAAAGAUAGCAAAAAUAACUAAAAAAUCUUUACCAUGAGCUUCUAUAUAGACAUAUUUAAGAUCGCUUUGGGAAUCGAAUUUCAAUAUUACUUACUAACUUAAGGCAAAAAUCCGAUUGAAUUCAUUAGCAAACCUUUUACUCUAAGUUCUGCUGAAUAAUAAUACCUAAAUUCAAAAGACCUUUAAUUCUCUAAAAUUUCGUCAUGA